GCUGACUUCGAGAUGAAUUUGCCUUUUAACUAAAAUAAUUAACAUAGACAACCCAAUCCAGCAACUCUUUCCAACAAAAAAUCCACACUUUUCUUCUCCACCGCUUUGGCUCUCUCUCUCCCCGACAGUCACCGGUAUUUCAAGAACAACCUCAAGAAAACAGAACAUAUUAAACCCACAAAAAAUGGAUUCUUCAGGGCAGUGUCAUAACAGAAAACGCAUGUUCAGACAGUCACAUUCAUCGUGUUCUCCACUGUACUUUUUCACAGUAAGAUCUUUUGUUUUGUGUUCAAGUUUUCUCACUUUUCUUUCUCUUUUAUCAUCUACAAUUCCCUUUAAUUCUUCGGCUUUUCGGCCUGUUUUAGUUGUUUCAAGAUUGUCAAAUUCUGCUAAAUCAAUCCAAGAUUUUCAUAAAUUGUUGAUGCCCAUAAAAAUAGAGAACCGGGUUUUAUUUCCUGAUGAUUUUAUGUUGUUGGUUGCUGAUGGAAGGAAAAAUGGGUUUAUAAAGAAGGGUAUUAUCGCAGAAUUGGAAUGUGUUUAUUACCGUAAAAAUGUACUGGAUAAUGCUAUUGUUGAUAAGGAGAAUGUGUUGUCUGUAGAUGAAUAUGAUGAAUUUAGGUCAAUUGUGAGAUGCCCAAUCCCUUCAGUGAAUUAUUCGACAGUGGUAAAUUUACGGUGGCGGUAUAAAAAUGAAAAAUUGAGGGAAGAAAAUGGAUUACGGAUGACUGAGAAUCAGACUGUUCAUUCUUGGGAAAAUGUGACGUAUGGAGCUGUUUUGGACGGGGAAACAGUGGUUGUGUUUGCGAAGGGUUUGAAUUUGAGACCUGCUAGAGAAUCCGAUCCAGGCCAAUUUAGUUGCCAUUUUGGGUUAGGGAAUUGGGAAACGGAUGAAAGGUUUAUGUUUACGACGAAAGCUUUGGUUGCUGGUCAAGAGGUUGUGAGAUGUUCAUUGCCUCGGAGCAUUAGAAACAAUCCAGAUAAGGCGUCGGGAAUCCAAUUGACUAUAGGAGUUACACCCCGUGUUCGUGCUCGAGGUCAUGAACGCUCACUCUUGCCGUCUGUGGCGAAGAUAUUUGAAGCCAAGUCUGAGCAAAAGAAGAAGGGUGAGGGAAAGUACGAGCUUUGUGCUUGUACAAUGGUGUGGAACCAAGCUUUU